CCGGCUCUAGGCAAGAUCGAUCGCCCAGAAUUACGUGUACAGUAACUGCGAUACGGCGUAGAAGUAAGUACCCAAAAUAAAGUAAAGUACUUCGACUAAUGAUUCAGCCUGAUCGGAACUUGAACUUUGACCUGCACCAGCAAAUCUACGGCACCACCUUUUUUCUUUCUCUUCCCAUCGCAUCCCUCCCAUCCCCAUACACAUCCACAUACACAUCCCAUCCUAAUCUGCGCCACGAUAUAGUGGAUACGCAGAUGCGUUUUAAUCAUCAAGCUGGCGACUAUUCGCUUACCUGACUAGUCAUACCAUUCUUUUGCUGGAAGACACUCUUUUUCCAAAUGAGCGUUGUUUCAUCAUUUAGUCGGAAUUGAUUCCUGUCUCUUUCGGCGAAUCCUCCCCGAAACCGAACUUCCUCUCCGUUUUAUCCUCUUCGGCCGCCGUCGUAUCCUCGAUCUCUUGUCCCCCGAGCAUUUAGUUCAACAUGGCUCCGCUCUGGGGCUCUUCGUGGUCCUCCACCUGGGGUUCUUUAUCUGGAUAUAGCCAAGUCCAAAAUGGUGAACAGAAUACGGCGGCCACAUCUAGUACCGACUCUUCCCACCUAAAACCCAGUAUCGGCCAAAUCCUCAUGUCGAAGCGAGUGCGCUAUGCCGCCAUCUCUUUCGCUGCCUUUGGCCUAUUCUUCCUUGCCUUCCGAAACUACGAUCGCCUACCAUCUAUCGAGAGUUUCCGAGGAGGAAAUGCUGCCGCUGCCAAUUCCAAAUCCGACUGUGCUCCUGCCGUUAUACCGACCUACGAGGAAACCCAGGUUAACUGGUCGCGAUACGCAUAUACGCAAUAUGUCACCAAUGCUGCAUACCUCUGUAACUCCGUUAUGAUCUUCGAGACUCUGUUCCGGCUGGGUAGCAAGGCCGAUCGUGUUAUGAUGUAUCCCGAAACCAUGAUGGAUCCCGCUGAGACGAACCCGUCAUCGGAAGAUGCUAGGUUGAUUGUGAAGGCUCGUGAUCAAUACAAAGUUAAGCUAGUACCCGUUUCCAUCCAGAAACGUGCCGGUGGUGAUGCUACCUGGGCCGAGUCAUUCACCAAGCUUCUUGCCUUCAACCAAACCCAAUAUGAGCGCGUCCUAAACGUCGACUCCGACGCCACCAUCCUUCAAACCAUGGAUGAACUAUUCCUCAUGCCUCCUUGUCCCGUCGCUAUGCCCCGUGCUUACUGGCUCUUCCCGAAAGACAAGAUCUUGUCAUCCCAACUUAUGCUAGUCCAACCAAGCGCAGUUGAGUUUGACAGGAUUAUGAAGAAGAUGGAAUCUGCCGGUCGCAACGAUUACGAUAUGGAAAUUGUGAACCAGCUAUAUGCUGAUAGCGCCAUGAUCCUCCCACACCGUCCCUACGAUUUGUUGACGGGCGAGUUCCGUGGCGAUGACCACCAGAAUUAUCUCGGCACCGACCGGGAAGAGUGGGACCCUGUUGCCAUCUUUAACGAAGCCAAGUUCCUUCACUUCUCUGACUGGCCGGUGCCUAAGCCAUGGAUUCAAAUGUCCGAUUCGAUGCGCCAGGAGAAGCAACCGAAGUGUGUGGAGAAAAAUGGCCAAGAGGAUUGCUCGGCUAGGCAACUAUGGAAUGGAUUUUAUGACGAUUUUGCACAAAGGCGUUCGGAUGUUUGCAAUACCAGGAAGAAGGGCAAGCGAUAAACAAGUUCAACUUGUUGUAAUUAUGUUGUUUUGCGUUUUUGGUAAUGAGAAAAAAAAGUCCAGAGUUGUAUAUUAUGUGGCAUGACGUGUUAUAGAUACCAGCAUCAAACCACAGUGGUGCGUUUUUAUUCUCCCAUUAGAGGGCAAUUAUAUUCAGCGGUUUCUGCA